AUGUGGAUACAGAAGAAAAAGAUCAAAGACAAGGAAGAUAGGGCAGUCAAGAAGCAGAAAAGAAAUCAUAAUGGCAAAAAGGAGAUAAAUAUGGAUGAAGACUAUGAUGAUGCACUGAUUUGUUAUGUAGAAAAUUCAGUCGAGUCUUGGGUGAUGGGUUCAGGAGCAUCGUGUCAUGCUUGCCACAAUAAAGAAAUCAUGAUAAAUCUCAAACCUUACAGCAAUAAUGUUCGUCUAGCAAAUGGUAAAAUUCUGAAGAUCACUGGUAUUGGAGAUGUAGCUUUAAAAACUUCAAUGGAUAAUAUAGAACCUGUUAUUUGUUUCUGUCCAGAUAAUAUAGAACCAUAUUUAUCAGCAGAACCUGCUGUAGUUAUGAAGAAGGCAAAGCUUGAUUCAACAAUAGAACUUGCUGUAGUUGUGGCUCCACAGGAUGUUGACCUUGAAGAAGAUGACAUUGAUGUGGUUGAUGUAGAUGUUAAAAUAGAAGGUGAAGAAGUUCAUGUCAAAUCAGAAAGAGAACGAUGGUCGAAGGUAUGGAGGUUUUUUGAAAGACUUCCAAUUGGUAAUGAUGGGAAUGAAAGGGCAAAAUGUAAGAGAUGCUCAAAAAGAUACAUCUGUGAAACAAAAACUGGAACAGGAAGCUUGCGAGUUUUUAAACCCGAAAAAUUCUGUGAGCUUGUGAGUGAAGUUAUUGUCAAGCAUGAUUUACCUUUUAAAUUUGUGGAGUAUGAGGGGAUUAGAGAAGUAUUUCGAUACUUAAAUGAAAAUGUUGUCACUUAUACUAGAAACACAACUAAUUCAGAUGUUGUGAGCCUGUUUAACAGGGAAAAAAUUAGACUUAAGAAAUUACUGGAGUUAAACCCGGGUAGAAUUUCUUUAACUUUUGAUCUGUGGUCUUCAAUUAAUACAGAUGGUUUUUUGUGUGCGACUUGUCACUUCAUUGAUGAGGAGUGGAAAUUGCAAAAAAGAAUUUUAAGCUUUCAAUAUAUGCCACCCCCACAUAGUGGCAUAUGCUUAACCGAAACGAUUUCUACUUUAUUGACCGAUUGGGGGAUUGAUAAAAAGUUGUUUACUAUCACAUUAGACAAUGCAUCAAGUAAUGAUACUUUUGUCAAUCUACUAAAAGAUGGUUUGAAAGCUAUUGAUGAAGGGAUCGUUAAAAUACGAGAGUCUAUCAAGUAUGUGAAGGGUUCUCAAGCAAGGAGAAAGAAAUUUAUUGAUUGUGUGAAAUAUGUCAAUUUGAAUCCAAAAACAGGUUUGCGUCAAGAUGUUCCAACCCGAUGGAAUGCCACUUAUCUUAUGAUUGAAAGUGCUUUAUUUUAUCGACGUGCUUUCUUUCAUUUAGCACUUGGCGAUUCUAAUUAUUUGGAUUGCCCAACUCAUGAUGAAUGGGGUAAAUUAGAAAAAGAUUUUAGAUUCUUGGAGAAGAAAUGGUAA